UCUCGCCCCCGUGUUACUGGGUAGAACAAAACAAAAACAAACAGAGCGAGUGGGGGCUGAGACGCUCUGAGGCGGCGGCAGAGGCUGAGCAGCGGGUCUCGGCCGGCGGACGGGGUACCUGGGCGAGCAGUGGCGACGGCGGCGGCCCGAGGGGAAAUAGAUCCCAAGGGAAGACUUCCAUUAAUAAUUUAUCAGUGCAAGCGACAUUAAGGAACUAUGGAUGUAGAAAAUGAGCAAAUACUGAAUGUAAACCCUGCAGAUCCUGAUAAUUUAAGCGACUCUCUCUUUUCCGGUGAUGAAGAAAAUGCUGGGACUGAAGAAAUAAAAAAUGAGAUAAAUGGAAAUUGGAUUUCGGCAUCCUCCAUUAAUGAAGCUAGAAUUAAUGCCAAGGCAAAAAGGCGCCUGAGGAAAAACUCAUCCCGGGACUCUGGCAGAGGCGAUUCAGUCAGUGAUAAUGGAAGUGAAGCCCUUAGAAGUGGAGUAACUGUACCAACCAGUCCAAAGGGAAGGUUGCUAGAUAGGCGAUCGAGAUCUGGCAAAGGAAGGGGACUACCAAAGAAAGGUGGUGCAGGAGGCAAAGGUGUCUGGGGUACACCUGGACAGGUAUAUGAUGUGGAGGAGGUAGAUGUGAAAGAUCCUAACUAUGAUGAUGACCAGGAGAACUGUGUUUAUGAAACUGUAGUUUUGCCUUUGGAUGAAACAGCAUUUGAGAAGACUUUAACACCAAUCAUACAAGAAUAUUUUGAGCAUGGAGAUACUAAUGAAGUUGCGGAAAUGCUGAGAGAUUUAAAUCUUGGUGAAAUGAAAAGUGGAGUACCAGUGUUGGCAGUGUCCUUGGCAUUGGAGGGAAAGGCUAGUCAUAGAGAAAUGACAUCUAAGCUUCUUUCUGACCUUUGUGGGACAGUAAUGAGCACAAAUGAUGUAGAAAAAUCAUUUGACAAAUUAUUGAAGGAUCUACCUGAAUUGGCAUUGGAUACUCCUAGAGCACCACAGUUGGUGGGCCAGUUUAUUGCUAGAGCUGUUGGAGAUGGAAUUUUAUGUAAUACCUAUAUUGAUAGUUACAAAGGAACUGUAGAUUGUGUACAGGCUAGAGCUGCUCUGGACAAGGCUACUGUACUCCUGAGUAUGUCUAAAGGUGGAAAGCGCAAAGACAGUGUGUGGGGUUCUGGAGGUGGGCAGCAGUCUGUUAAUCACCUUGUUAAAGAGAUUGAUAUGCUGCUGAAAGAGUAUUUACUCUCUGGAGACAUAUCUGAAGCUGAACAUUGCCUUAAGGAACUGGAAGUACCUCAUUUUCACCAUGAGCUUGUAUAUGAAGCCAUUGUAAUGGUUUUAGAGUCAACUGGAGAAAGUACAUUUAAGAUGAUUUUGGAUUUAUUAAAAUCUCUUUGGAAAUCUUCUACCAUUACUCUGGACCAAAUGAAAAGAGGUUAUGAGAGAAUUUACAAUGAAAUUCCAGACAUUAAUCUGGAUGUUCCACAUUCAUACUCUGUGCUUGAGCGAUUUGUAGAAGAAUGUUUUCAGGCUGGAAUAAUUUCCAAACAACUCAGAGAUCUUUGUCCUUCAAGGGGCAGAAAACGUUUUGUAAGUGAAGGAGACGGAGGUCGUCUUAAACCAGAGAGCUACUGAAUAUAAGAACUCUUACAGUCUAAGAUGUUAUUAAAAAAUAUAUAAAUAUAUCUGAAUUGUAAGAGUUGUUAGCACAGGUUUUUUGUUGGUUUGUUUUUUUUUUUUUUUUUUGAAGCACUUGUUUUGGGUACAAGGCAUUUCUGAAAUUUUAUAAACUUAAAAUUUAAAGGGGAAUUUUUAAAGGAAGUGUUUUCCUUUUUAUCUUUUCUUCUUUUUUUUUUUUUUGGAGGGUGUAAAGGAGGGACAGAAGAGUAACCACUUCUUAAGUGGAAUAUUCUCAUAAGCUACCUUUUGUAAGUGCCAUGUUUAUGACCUAAUCAUUCCAAGUUUUGCAUUGAUGUCUGACUGCCACUCCUUUCUUUCAAGGACAGUGUUUUUGUAGUAAAAUCACUGGUUUAUACAAAGCUUUAUUUAGGGGGUGAAGUUAAGCUGCUAAAACCCCAUGUUGGCUGCUGCUGUUGGAAUACUGUGCUUUGGGAGUUAAAAAAAAAAAAAGUUAUUUCUUUGUCUUAAAGAAUUUUAAGAAAAUGAGUUAGUCAUAAGACUUAUUCAUUUUUCCAGGGAACAUAUUGAUUGGUCUUAAAGACUAGACAGUUAAAUAAAUGGUGGCUGGAACAUCUAUUUUUCUACAAAACUGGAAAAAUGAACCCGGUUCUAAAAGAAUAUAUGACAAAAUAAAACAUGUGAAGCAGUGUU